AUGUUGCAUCUUCGUGAGGUGCAGGCCGUCAAGAAGCGGCGGCACUUGCAAAGGAAUACGGCAUGGCUUCACCGUUACGAGCUGAAAGCAACCUUUUGCGGUCAUCAAGGUUGUGUCAACACGAUUCAUUGGUGUCAAGACAUGAGCGACACUUUGGUCAGCGGCAGCGACGACAUGUUGGUGAAGCUCUGGCGUUACGUCGCACCAGCGGAGUCAGAGAUCAAGCCCAUUUUGUCCUUGUCGACAGUUCACAGACAUAACAUUUUCGACGCUCAUCUCACAGGGCGACAGGUUGUUUCCUGCGGUGCUGAUGGAUUUGUUUGCAGGACAUAUCUUGAUGCCAGUUGGGCAUCCGAACGACUCUUCACACCGAACGUAGAAACUACGCAGAGUUUGGCCUUUAAGAUGGACUUUCUUCCGCAGAGUCAGGUUUUUCUGGUGACCUUUGGGGAUGGCUUUGUGCGGCAAUUUGACCUGCGAGUGGCGACGCAGCUUGCUGCAGUGAACUGCGAUGAUGUGGGGCUCGUGGGGCUCGGUGUCGAGCCUCGUGAUGGACACACCUUGGCUCUUGGAGGAAAUGAUCCGUUUCUGCGGAUCUAUGAUCUCCGAAAGCUGUCCUUCCAUCAGGAAAGCAACCUGAUGAACAUGAUCACGACACCAGUGGUCUCCUUACAUUCCACUGCUGAGAUGAUUCGGAAGCAUAAGAAGAUCAGCUCUUUUUCACGAUUCUUUUCUGGCCAUUCCGAUGUGUGUAUCUCAGGAGUUUGCUGGGAUAGCUGUGGACGACUUUUAGCGAAUUAUCGGGGCGGGGACAUCGAGCUCUUUGACUUUCGAAGUGACCCGGUACCGGAAGGUGAUGCACCGGAAGCUACGCCAUGGAUGGAUCUAUCUGACAGCAGCUUGCCAACCAGCACAACCAGCCGAGUGUAUCUGAAUUCCAUCCGGUCUUACAAGGGCCGCAUCAAUGAACAAACUUGUGCCAAGGAGGUUCGAUUCCUUUGCCAAGGUGCAGCAGUUGCUUCGGGCGGCGACUGCGGUCAUUUCUACAUUUGGGCCACGGAAUCCACGGAGUUGCUACGGAAGUUGCCGGCGGAUCGCUGCGUGGUGAACUCCGUGGCAGCUCAUCCCAGUCUGCCACUGGUGGCCACCGCGGGCAUCGAUGCCAACAUCAAGGCAUGGGAUGUGGACGUGGCCACGGCCGAGAACUUUUCCCGAGUCGCUGGUGAGGCGGAAUUGGCUGAAUCCAGAGAGUUGGAAGAGGAAGGCAACGCUUUGAUGCGCCAGGGUGCAUGGGUUGAAGCCAUUGGUUUCUUCGAUGCCGCCCUGAAUCUGCUUCGAAACAACGCCUCUCGCCCUGAGCUCAACGAGAGGCAAAGGAGCUGCUGGAUGCACAUGGCCUUCUGCCAUUUGAACCUGGAAGAAUAUCAAGCUGCCAUUCAGUGCUGCAGCACGGCCCCUCUGCCGCGGCGCUGCUGCGGCGCGCCCGCGCGCAGCUGGCGCUGCGCGAAACGGCGGAGGCGGCUGCGGAUCUGGAGGCAGCGGAGGAGUUGGAGCCGGAGAACGCGGAGCAGCUGGGUGCAGCAACGGGCCAUGGAAAAUCCGUGGAUGUUAGUUAUGUUAGUUACCAAUUCAAGCAACUGGGACACCACCAUGUAG